AUGGCCCCUGCAAGGAUAUCCCACGAUCCUGUCCUCCGUCGCGAGCCAGCAACACAAAGCCGCGACUUUCAGCUCCGCACCUUGAACUCAGAUCUCUGUGUCUGCGGUGGAGGCCUAGCUGGUACUAUCGCUGCCAUAGCAGCAGCGAGAAAUGGCGUAUCAGUCAUUCUCAUCCAAGAUAGACCUGUUCUCGGAGGAAAUGCUUCCAGUGAGGUCCGAUUAUGGAUCCUUGGAGCUACGUCGCAUAUGUUUAACAACAACCGCUAUGCGAGAGAGGGCAGUCUUGUUGAUGAGAUUUUACUCGAGAAUUUGUAUCGAAAUCCUGAGGGCAAUCCUCUAAUUCUUGAUACGAUUCUUCUAGAGAAAGUGAGACUGGAGCCGAAUAUUCAGUUGUUUCUCAACACAGCUCUUGUUGGUUGCGCCAAAGAUGGCGAUCGGAUCAGCUCCGUCAGCGCUUUCAACUCCCAAUCCUCUCUCAAGUUCACCGUCCAAUCUCAACAAUUCAUCGACUGCACCGGCGACGGCACACUCUCCUUCCUCGCCGGCGCCCCCUUCAGAAUCGGCGCCGAAAAGCGCGAUGAAUUCAACGAACUCUUCGCCCCAUCUUCCGAGUACGGACAUCUUCUCGGCCACUCCAUCUACUUCUACACCAAAGACACCGGCAAGCCCGUCAAGUACGUUGCACCAGCCUACGCUCUCAAAGACGUCGAAGGAGAAAUUCCUCGCUUCAAGAGCUUUAGCACUAAAGAGAUGGGCUGUAAUCUUUGGUGGAUUGAGUAUGGUGGUAGACUUGAUACUAUUCAUGAUACGGAGCAGAUCAAGUGGGAGCUUUGGAAGGUUGUGUAUGGAGUUUGGGAUUAUUUUAAGAAUUCGGGGAGGUUUCCGGAGGCAGAGAAUUUGACGCUUGAGUGGGUUGGGACUAUUCCGGGGAAGAGGGAGAGUAGGCGGUUCAUUGGGCCUACUAUUAUGGUGCAGCAAGACAUUGUUGAGCAGCGCUAUCACACUGAUGCUGUAUCCUUUGGAGGCUGGUCACUUGAUCUCCACCCCGCUGAUGGUGUCUUCUCUGAAGUCGACGGCUGCACUCAGUGGCACUCAAAGGGCGUCUACCAAAUACCAUUCUCCUCAAUGGUGUGCUCCGAGAUUCCCAAUCUCAUGUACGGAGGCCGCAUCAUGUCAGCAUCCCACGUCGCCUUCGCAUCUACUCGUGUCAUGGCAACGUGCGGAGCCAACGCCAACGCUUUGGGUAUCGCCGCUUCUCUAUGUAAGAAACAGAGCGUCGACCCCAUGGAGUUGCUCGUGAAGAACAACAUGAAGAACUUCCAACGCGAGCUCAUGCGGUUUGGCCAGUUCAUUCCAGGUUACAAACUCAACGACCCUGAAGAUCUUGUUCGCUCAGCCUCCAAGAUUGAAGGAUCUUCUUUUGAGCUAUCGCAGCUUCCACCCGAUGGCCCACCCAAGGUACUGGUCCGAAGUCUUGCACAGAUGCUUCCCCUCUCACAAGGACCUGUUCCUACCUUCUCUAUCACGGCUAUGUCAGUCGACAACACGGUAUUGACGGUUCAGCUUCGAGGUUCUCAGAAGCCUUACAACUACACGCCCGAGGUCAUCCUGGCUGAGACCAAGUUUCCGCUGGUCCCAGGACAGAAUGAUCUUGUUAUCGACUUCAAAGUUGAGAACCCUCAGACUCAAUAUGUCUUCCUCUCUUUCCUCCAGAACGAUUCAGUGGCACUCUGUACCACAAAGACACGCGUAUCAGCUCUCAUGACUGUUGAGCACGAAUGUACUCAGAGUCCACCUAGUGACGUUGGAGUCGAUGAGUUCGAGCGCUGGACCCCAGUUCGCAGGCCCAUGGGUCAUAACCUCGCCUUGACGCUGGAUCCACCUCUGAAGGCUUGGGGAGUUGAAAACAUCCGCAAUGGCGUUCCCCGUCCUACCAAGAGAACCAACUGCUGGGUUCCUCGUGCCGACUCCUUUGGUAGGAAGAUUCUUAAGAUUGGUUGGGAUACGCCUGUGAAGGUGAACAAGGUUGUUGUUCACUUUGAUACAGACUAUGAUCACGCUCUCGAGUCGGUGUUGAGAGGUCAUCCAGAGCGGACCAUUCCGUUCUGUGUAAAGAAGUGGCGUCUGUUGGACCUCUCUGGUGAAGAGAGAGAGAUUUUCUUCAACAAUUUCAGAGUGGAACACCAUGACAAUUAUUCACUAUCUUUCCGUACAAUGGACGCCAUCUCUAUCUUUACUGAACCCUUCCAAAUCAUCCUUCUCCAUUCUCCCAAGGCGGAAGACAUCAUUGUCGCUAUACUCAUAAGCCAUCCCACCAGUUUCUUCUCCUGCCGUCACGAAAAUGCGAACUACAUUCCAAUCUCGCGGGUAAAGUAUUUCGUGGUUCCAGAGAUACUCGAUAACUCCAAAGUCAUCGCCGCGAAUGCUGGAAAUGAGACUAGGCUUCAGGUCAUUGGCGCUGCUGUUGGAGUUUUUGGCUGCCGCCAUGGCGAUGAAAGGCGCGAUUCCAGGGAACCCGCCACCGACCUCAACAAUCUUAGCGACCAACGGUCCAUGUGGCCUCGGGAGUCCCAGCAAGCCGGUAACACGGCCGUUGCGCGCCAUCAGCGAGAUGCUCUCAAUACUUCCGUCCUCAGCAUACUGCAAAUGGAAAGUAAGUUCAUUAUGAACCAAACUUUAGAACUUAUCACAAAGCAGGAUAGCUUAUUCCAAGAGCCCCAGACGGAACCACCGUGCUUGUUCAAUCAUUAUCUCGAACUGUUCGUUAUCAAGAUGACUACCGAGUUGGGUACAAUGCCCGCGCAAGGCAAGAUGAGCGGCUGGCUCUUCUUCAGUAUCUUCGUCAUUUCGAUGGGUUCCAUCUUCUGGGGAUACGAUAUCGGCAUUCUGAGUACCAUCUACGUGUCCCCUGGCUUCAACAAAGCCCUCGACCAUCCCUCAUCCAGCGAAAAGGGUCUCAUCACAGCUAUCUUUGCCGCUGGUCAAUUCGCCUCUUUCGCCCUCAUUGCGGGUCCCAUUAACAACAAGUACGGUCGACGAUGGGCUGGUUUCGGUGGUGUCUGCCUCCUCUGCGUCGGAGCUGCGAUUCAGACUGGUGCUGUUCACCUGGCUAUGAUGGUCAUUGGACGAAUCAUCGCUGGUGUUGGAACGGGUGUUGUUUCCACCGCUGUCCCGCUUUAUCUCAGUGAGAUUUCGCCAGCAAAGCAUAGAGGUCUUUACGUUGCUGCUAAUCAGGUUGGAAUUGUCUCUGGUAUCUCUAUGGCUUUCUGGGUUGGCUAUGGCUACUCGUUCUGGGACUACGGCAAUGGCAUUGACCUUGAAUGGCGCCUCUCAACCGCCAUGCAGUUCGUCCCUGCUCUUCUUUUCCUCGGUGGUGUCUUGUUCAUUCCUGAGAGCCCUCGAUGGCUUGUCGAAACAGAUCAAGUCGAAGCCGCAAGCGAGUCCCUCUGCAAGCUUCGUGGUCUCUCUGCCGCCGAAAUCCAACCCGAACUUGACGAGAUCCGCGCGAACAUCCUUUGGCAUCAAGAAAACUCCAUCACCUCAGCCCGUGUCUUCAUUCAGCAGAAGCCACUCUGGUCUCGGCUCUGGCGCGCUUGGUCACUCGCUUUCCUCCAGCAGAUGAGCGGUGCUGCUGGUAUUCGAUACUAUCUCCCCACCAACUUUAUCGCCGCUGGUACCUCUGAAGAAUUGAGUCUCCUUGCUUCUGGCAUCGAUGGAACUGUGCAGGUGGUUUGCACUGUUGCGGCCAUGUUCUUCAUUGAUAAGCUGGGUCGAAGACAUUCACUUGGUAUUGGUGCUAUCAUCAUGGCCUUCUGUCUGAUGAUCAAUGGUGCUCUGCAGACUGCUUAUCCCGGCCAGAACAACCAGAGUGCAAACUACGUCAAUAUCUUCUUUAUCUUCUUCUUUACUGUUGGAUACAGUAUGGGCUUUGGUCCCUGCGCCUGGAUCUACGCCUCCGAGAUCUUCCCCGCCAACUGCCGCUCCAAGGGUCUCGCCAUCUCCUCCUCCGGCUCAUCACUUGGUUCAAUCAUCGUCGGUCAGGUCUGGCCAGUUGCUGUCUCCCGCAUUGGACCUCGAGUCUACUUCAUCUUCAUGGCCUUCAACGUCUUCGCCGCCAUUCUUGUCUAUGCUUGCUAUCCCGAGACCAAGAACAAGACUCUUGAGGAACUAGAUUCGCACUUUGGAUCACUCAAUGUUCACUCUGAGGAGGAUGCUACACCUAAGCAGAUGCUAGGUGCCGAGGAGGAGAGAGUUGAGAUUCGGGAUAAGUCUGUAUAAUUCGGCUCGUGUCGAGGACGCAACUUCUAAGGAUAGCUUAGGGCUCAUUCCUUUGGAGCGAAGCUUUGACUGUAUGAGAGCUAUUCCUGGUUAACAUGGA